AUGGUUACAUUCAGAGACGAGGAAACACGAGAUUUGGUGCUAGAAUCAGGGGUAGUUCAUUUUGAUAAGAAGCCGGUUAUCCUCAGGCCAUGGACGACUGAUAUUGAAUCCCUGAAGUCGAUCAAAUCAGUUCCGAUUUGGAUUCGCCUUCCUGAUCUUGGUUUGCAAUACUGGGGUACAAAUUGUCUGAGUGCAUUGGUCAGCACUAUUGGGAAACCAAUAAUGAUUGACAAGAUUACUAAAUAUAGGUCGAUGAUUAAGUUUGCUCAAAUUCUAGUUGACAUGGAAAUCUCAGACUCUCUACCAAAGUCUAUUAGCUACAUCAAUGAGAGAGGACAUAUUAUGGAUCAGAUGGUUGAUUAUGAGUGGCUGCCUACUAGAUGUUCUAGCUGUAAAAAACUUGGGCACACUGCCUCAGCUUGCAAGUUUAUGGAGAGUUUGGUUUGGAGGAAGAAGGAAGCCCCAGCAGAAUCUACAGCUAACAUUAUUACUCAGGAAACUUCAAGUAGUCCGAGUAAACAAGGAAAGAAUAGCUUAUCUCAGAUAUCUAUUGUGAAGGAAUCGAAAUCCCAGUCUGAGGUUUCUGCUAAGGAGCAUGAAUGGACUACCCCAAAGAAACCAGGUACAAUCAAGCCGAAAACCACUGCAGAUGUUCAGAGUUCAAAAAAUGCUUUUAGUGUUCUUCAAGAACAGAAGCAAUUUCUCAAUGACCCCUCUAUUUUACUGAAUCUGAAUGGACAGUUUCAGCAUAAUGAGCUAGAAUGCAUAAGGGCUCUGUUGGAAACCAAAAUAAAGGGAGCUAGAGUUCAGGAAGUUUUGAACUCUAACUUCAAGGGAUGGGAUUUUUACAGCAGUAUGAGCUUGGAAGGGAGAGUUCUGCUCAUUUGGAAGCCCAACUGGGUUAAGAUUGAUGUCUUGAUUGAUAAUGCUCAGUUUAUACAUUGUAAGGUCCAGAUAUGGACAACAUGUCAGACUUUUUUCCUAUAUGUGGUUUAUGGAUCUAACCAGUUGGAGAUUAGGAAGGAUUUGUGGUCUGAGUUGUCUGCAAUUUCUCUUCCUGUCAAAUCGUGGAUUAUUUUGGGUGAUUUCAACUCUGUUUUUGAGGCAGCUGAUCGAAUGGGAGGUAAGACAAUUUCUCCUAAAGAAGUUGAGGAUUCUCGAAGGUGGUUAGAUCUUGGGCAAGUGGAAGAAAUGAAGUUAUUGGGUUCUUAUUAUACGUGGUCGAAUAAUCAAGAUGGGACUAAUCACAUAUUUUCCAAGCUUGAUAGAGUGUUUGUUAAUGAGGAUUGGCUAGAUACAUUUCCUAAUGUCAACGCUAUAGCUAGCUGGGAGGUCAUUUCUGAUCAUUGUGCUAUUAUCUUGAAACACAUAGCUGUUCAGAGGUCUGGAGUUUAUCCUUUUCGUUUCUUUAAUAUGUGGACACAGCACCCACUCUUUAAAUCUACAGUUCAGGCUAGCUGGAUGGAUUCUUUAGCUUCGGAGGGGUAUGGGUUACAGCAAAUUAUGAGGAAGCUUCAUUGUCUAAAAUUUAUACUGAAGCGAUCCAAUUGGAGAAUAGUUGGGAAUAUAAUUAAGAACUAUGAGGAUAGCAAACUGUUAUUUCAGCAAGCAAAAAACAAUCUUUUCAGUAAUCCGAAUGAUCAGAAUCUUAGAGAUGUUGAGCGUGCUACUCAUAGGGAGUUCAAAAUUCAAGAAGCUGCUUAUGCGAGCUUUUUAUAUCAAAAGAGUAAGGUUGAUUGGAUUCGCUUUGGAGAUGAGAAUUCCACCAUGUUCUAUGCCAGAAGGUCAAGUGCUGCUUCUGGUUUCAUUGAGAAUUCUGUGGUUCAGUCAGGUGUUACUCUUAAUCUUGAUGACCAAUAUGUUCUUAUAAAACCCUUCACUUACCAAGAAGUUAAAUCAGCCAUGUUUAGCAUUAAGGCAGUUAAAAGCCCUGGCCCGGACGGUUUUGGUGCUGGUUUUUACAAGAGCCUUUGGCCUAUUAUAGGUAGAGAGGUUGCGGCAGCAGUGAUAGAAUUCUUUGAUAAAGGUCACAUUCCGAAGGCUCUGAACAGUACAAUUUUGGCUCUCAUUCCUAAAGUGAGCCAACCUUUAAAUGCCUCAGAUUAUCGCCCCAUAGCGUGUUGCAAUACUCUUUACAAAUGUAUUUCUAAAAUGCUUUGUAAUAGGCUGAACUCCAUCCUUCCUAAGUUAAUUAACCAAAAUCAAGGAGCUUUUGUUAAGAAUAGAUCUUUAGCUCAUAAUGUUCUUAUUCUUCAAGACCUUCUUAAAGGCUAUAAUAGGAAGCAUAUCUCUCCUCGGUGUUUAAUGAAAAUAGAUCUCAGCAAAGCCUACGAUUCUAUAGAUUGGGACUUCCUUGAAAAUUUGUUGCAUGCUUACAAGUUCCCAGGCCGGUUCAUCAAAUGGAUUAUGGUUUGUUUGAGAGGUUCGUCUUACUGUAUUCUAAUAAAUGGUCAGCUGCAUGGAAAUUUUAAGGGUGGUAAGGGGCUGCGGCAAGGGGAUCCUAUCUCCCCUCUUCUCUUUGUUCUUGUUAUGGAGUAUCUCACUCGAGCUCUUCAUGAGGCUACUAAAAGAAAGGAUUUCAGAUUUCACCCGUUAUGUAAGUCUCUAAAUAUUACAAAUCUUUGUUUUGCGGAUGACUUACUUCUCGUUUGCAAAGCGCAUGACAAGUCUAUUCAGAUAUUACACCAGAUUUUCAGGACCUUCUCAAUAGCUUCUGGUCUGAAUAUUAAUCAAGGCAAAUCCCGCAUAUACUUUGGGGGAAUUUCGGCAGCUGAGAAGGAGAAGCUUCUGUCGUUAACUAGCAUGACAGAGGGGCAAUUUCCCUUAAUGUAUCUUGGUAUCCCUCUGCGUCCCACAAAAUGGAAAGCAAUGGACUGUGAUCUAAUAAUUUCAAAAAUCAGACAGAGGCUUCACAGUUGGGCCAGCCACAACCUGUCAUAUGCUGGGCGUGUGCAACUAAUUCAGUCCGCUCUUUUGGGGAUUCGAAACUUUUGGAUGAGCAUUUUUCUGCUUCCUCAAAAAGUUAUCAGAGAAAUAGAUUCCUUGUGCAGAAAUUACUUAUGGGGUGGUAAUGGUUUUAGAAGCAAGUUUCACCUAGCUUCUUGGGAUCUAGUUUGUAGACCUAAGUCUUAUGGUGGGUUGGGUUUCAAAGAGGGUACCCUGUGGAAUAAGAUUAAUUUGGCAAGGUACAUUUGGGCUAUCUCUUCAAAACAAGAUAGCCUUUGGGUUAAAUGGGUGAAUUGUGUUUAUUUGAAAGGUGGUCUGAUUUGGGAUUAUGAAUUACAGCAUGAUACUAGCUGGUAUUGGAAAAAAUUAGUUAAAAUGAGCAAGAGUUUGAAUGAAGCAAUUUUGGACACAGCUGUUUCAAAGGGGAAAAUCAAAUUGGGCACACUGUAUUUACACUUCUCCUCUGGUUUCCCCUUUUCUGGUAUGAAAACUGUCUGGUGCAGCCUUUCUCAACCUAAGCACCGCUUCAUUCUGUGGUUGGCUGCUCAUCAGAAGCUCCUUACCAGGGAUCACCUGAUUCAUUGCCAUAUCCCUGUUAGUUCUCAUUGUUGUCCGAUUUGUGAGGCUGCCUUGGAGAGUCAUGAUCACUUGUUCUUUGACUGCUGGUUUUCGAGGAAACUUCAUCAUUCGAUUUCCAGUUGGUUGGGCGCCUUAGUUUGGCCAGAGAGCUACCAGGACUGGUGCUGCUGGCUCAGUGUUCCCAGGAAAGAUUGCUUAUCUAGGGUGGUUUUAGCAGCCUUGGCUGCUACUGUUUACUUUAUAUGGAUUAACAGGAAUAGGUGCUGGCUGGAGAGUAGUUGUUUUGCUGUGGAUUAUGUUACUGGUCUUAUUAGAGACUCUGUAAAAGUUAGAGUGCAUAAUUUCAGUCAUAAAUGUAAAAAACUGAAUCUUAGGGAGAAAAUGAUACUUCAACUUUUUCUCUAG